CCCCCCUCCGCCAUGAUGCCGAGCCGCCAGAAGCAGGUCCUGUUCUCGGUGUCCGGGCUCCUCGCGCUCUGCUGCGCGCUCACGGCCGCGGUGUCCGCGGGGCUGCCGCUGUGGGUCCGCGGGGCCGUGCUGUGCCGGACCGGGGCCGAGCUGGUCAACGCAUCCGGACCCGAGCUGGACAAGUUCCUGGGGGAGCUGAACUACGGUCUGUUCCAGGGCCAGAGGGUGAAGCAGUGCGGACUGGGGGGCAGGCCGUCCCGCUUCUUCU